AGAACGUCUUUGAAAGCAGCACCAGCCCAGGGAGUGGCUGUGCACCUGUCCAACCUGUUUGGGGGACACAUGACUCCGCAGGAAUUUUCCCGGCUCCUCUGGCCCAUUGUUUAGUGCAGUUUUGAGUGGAGAACAGAGGAGCAGAGCCAGCGGAGAGGGGCACAACCAGCCGCGACACGGAGAGACGGAGAGAUGUCGGAGCAAGCCACAAACCCCGCCGCGACCAACGCUGCCACCGCCGCUGCCACUUCGUUUCCAGGGGCCACCAUUUCUUUACCUUUGGGACUAGGAGUUCUCAGGACAUACUCCGGAGCGCUGAUAACAUUAGAAAUCCUUCUUGGAGGUCUGGUAUGGAUCCUGGUGGCCUCCUCCAAUGUCCCAGUGCCUCUGCUGCAGGGUUGGGUCAUGUUUGUGUCUGUCACUGCCUUCUUCCUGUCCUCUGCCUACCUCGCUAUGCUAAUCACUGGCCUGGCUGACCGCGUCAACAUCGACUGGAACGAAACUGAUGUGCUUUACCACUUUAUGGCAGUGCUCUUCUACUUUGCUGCUUUUGUGUUGGAGGCAGCGACCACAGCAGCCACUGUCAGCAAUCAGUACAUAACCACAGCAAAUGGCACCCAGAACAUAUGUAUUCUCUUACCUCGGGGCAACAUUUUCACUAUCCUGACUUCCAAUCAGUACAACAUCAACGUGGCAGCUACGAUAUUUGCUUUUAUCGUGACUCUUUGUUAUGGCUGCAGUAUGUUGAUGGGCUUCAAGAGAUGGAGAAUGUAACUCCAAAACAACUUCAUGUUUAUACAUUUAAACAAUAUAGAUUUUAAAGCUGUUAUAUUGCACUAGAUAUUAGAGUCGCUUUUGAAUUGCCUUUUUCAUUUCUACAAACACAUGCCCCGGUACUAGUGAUUGGUACUGGGAUAUCUGGUGCUAUAUGAAAAUGUAACUAAUAUAACAUUCUUUGAUAACAGUUUUUUAUUGGUCCUAUGUGUGUUAAACGCAAUUGUGUAGUAUUUAAAGCUUUUAAUAAUUGUGCACUGUUUAUUAUUCAGUAUUUUAGUAUUAAGGAGGAAUAAAAAUACCUCCUGAUGGAAAGGAACAUCAGAGGUAUGACAAAUUAUUUAUGCAAAUUAUAGUAUAGUAUAUAGUAAGUAAUUUUUAUCCUGAGAAGCUAGCAAAUAUAGUGAACCACAGUAAUCUGUUGUGCCUUUAAAACAAGCCAAAAAAAUUAAAAACAUAACAUUGUACAUUGUCUUAGCUGUGUCUAAUAUUUCACUUAUUUUUGUAACUAUGUACUGUUAAUAAACCACUUGAUAUACAUGUUUAGAUCAAAACCAAUAAAACAUUUUAACUGUA